GAUGACCACUGCGCCACCGGCCCGCCGCUAGCCUACUUUUGUUGUUGUUGACAUACCGGUAGAAUGACUGUAAGUAGGCUAUAUUUCUAUAAUGCUAUAUUUCUGUCCAAAAAAAGCCUAGAAGAUGGAGGAUAAUGCUGUGAUGCCGGCCCAGCCCUCCCUCAGAGAACCACAGGAGGAGAUGGAGGUGGAGGGAGAGAGUGAACUACCAGAGGCCAAUGGAGAGAUGGAGGAAGAGAGGGAGAGAGAGAGAAGAGAGGGGGAGGAGGAAACCAUGGAGGAAAGUACGGAGGAGAGGGAGAGCGACUCGGACGAUAGCGAGGAGGAGGAAGAGGAGGAAGAGGAGAGUUCAGAGAUGGAUGAUGAGGACUGUGAGAGGAGGAGAGGAGAGUGCCUAGAUGAGAUGUCAGACCUAGAGAAACAGUUCCUGGAACUGAAAGACAAGUUGUUUCGUGAGCGGUUGAACCAGGUUAAGGUGAAGCUAGAUGAGGUGUUGACUGGUAAAGCAGGAGAAUACAGAGAACCACUGGCAACACUACAACACAACAUGACGCUACGCACCCAGGUGGCAGGUGUGUACAGAGAACUGUGUCUGCAGGUGAUCCAACACAGGUAUGAGUGUGAGCUGCAGGGAGCUCGACAACACCUGGAGAGCGAGAGGACAUUGUUGUUUGAUGCUAUGAAGACAGAACUGCUGGACAAGAUCAGACGGCUGGAGGAGGAUAGCCAGAGUGUAGACCUCACGUCAGAGUGGUGGAGUGAUGAGGUGAAAGGGAAGAAAUGUAAAAGGAGGAGUCUGUCCCGGCCAGAGAGGAAGAAGAAGGCUGCCCUAGUAUCUGGCCCGUUCAUCGUCUACAUGUUGAGAGACAUUGAUAUCCUGGAAGACUGGGCAGCUAUACAGAAGGCUAAAGCAGCACUGACACCACUAAAGAAGAAAUCAGACAAGCGGUGAUAACAGAGGAGUGUCUCAGAUGUCUAGAUGAACCAAAGUCUCUGAGUUGCAGAAGAGAACUCACAACAACAGAACAGUCUUGAACACAACAGAACAGUCCUGACCACUAUUUAAAACAAAGCACUUCAGUAGGGUCUUGUUCAGUAGGGCAUACUGGAACAAAACAUUUUUCAACAGAAAAUGUAAAUCUGUCUUCUUAUUGGACAAGUUCAAGACAGUACCUCCCUGUUUCAAACCGUUUUGUCCCUACUGAACACAGCCCAGACUAUGAAGACGAAGCAGCAGAUUGAUCACUUUUAGGUUCUGAUUCAUCUAUCACACUAUGGCCCAGUUACCUUUAGGUUCUGAUUCAUCUAUCACACUAUGGCCCAGUUUCCUUUAGGUUCUGAUUCAUCUAUCACACUAUGGCCCAAUUACCUUUAGGUUCUGAUUCAUCUAUCACACUAUGGCCCAGUUUCCUUUAGGUUCUGAUUCAUCUAUCACACUAUGGCCCAGUUACCUUUAGGUUCUGAUUCAUCUAUCACACUAUGGCCCAGUUACCUUUAGGUUCUGAUUCAUCUAUCACACUAUGGCCCAGUUACCUUUAGGUUCUGAUUCAUCUAUCACACUAUGGCCCAGUUACCUUUAGGUUCUGAUUAAUCUAUCACACUAUGGCCCAGUUACCUUUAGGUUCUGAUUAAUUUAUGACACUAUGGCCCAGUUACCUUUAGGUUCUGAUUCAUCUAUCACACUAUGGCCCAGUUACCUUUAGGUUCUGAUUCAUCUAUCACUAGUGCUAAGCGAUUAACCAAAAUGUUGAAUAGGUUUUUAAACAAGUAAUUGACCAACGUUGGUUCAAUUGUUUGAACUCCAUUUCAUUAUAUUUUUCCCCCUGUGAGCUCAAUGUGCAGUUUCUCUAGAGAUAAACCAGAUUAAGCCCGAACUGUGCAAUUUA